AAUAGUAGCUAAUAUCAACUCUCUUAGUCUUCUCUUUAAGUGAUUAAUUUUUCUCUUUCUAAUAGCCCACACACUCUUCAUUCAAUAACAUUACCUCAACAUUUCCCUUUGCAUAGUGGGAAAAAAACAGCUGGUUAAAGAAGAAAGCCUAGAAUGGCUGAGCCGCAACAUUCAGAGACGGAGAGCAGCUCGAAUUCGACCUCGUCGCUGCCUUUAUCACCGUCGUCUCCUAGUUUGACUCACUCGACCGAGACCGUAGUGUUGGACGGUAACAAAAGGAUGAAGAGAGUGAGGGAUUCGAACAAGCACAGCGUUUACCGCGGCGUCCGGAUGCGGAGCUGGGGGAAAUGGGUGUCCGAAAUCCGGGAGCCACGUAAAAAGUCCCGCAUUUGGCUCGGCACUUUCCCUACGCCGGAAAUGGCGGCCCGUGCACACGAUGUAGCCGCGUUAAGCAUCAAAGGCAACUCAGCUAUCCUCAACUUCCCCGCACUCUCUGACUCGUUACCUCGACCCGUGUCUUUGGCACCACGCGACGUCCAAGCCGCGGCAGCGAAAGCUGCCCAGAUGGACAAAUUCGACUCGCCAUCACCAUCUUCCACUUCAACACUGUCAUCUUUUUCGUCACUAUCGUCUUUGGUUUCCCAGAUGGAAGACUUAUCUUCAGGGUCGGACGAGUUAAGCGAGAUAGUCGAGUUGCCAAGCCUCGGGACGAGUUACGACUCCCUCGAGUUGAAAAACGAGUUCGUUUUCCUGGACUCAGUGGAUGGUUGGUUUUACCCUCCACCAUGGCUGCAUAAUAUGGAAGACUGUGGGUAUGCUUGUGAUCAAUUACUAGCUCCAGAAAGUAUUUUACAACAUAGUUUUGAAGAAGAAGGUUUGCUGUGGGAUUAUUAGUGUUCUUUUCUUCUUUUCUUCUGAUUGUGAUUUGUGACAGAGUGUGAAUAUUUUUCUUUUCUGGUUUUAAGCCUUUUUGCUUUUUCUUUGAAGGGCUAAACCUCUCUCUCUCUCUCUCUCUCUCCAUGGAUCGAUCCCUGUAUAGUGUUUAUAAUGGGAAGAAGAAGAUGAAAAAUAUAAUAAAUUCCUUCC